AAAACAUGCGUUGGACGCCAAUUUUGACGACGCUAUUACUAUUAUGCGUGGUACUAAUUUCCGUAGCAGGCGUAAAGUCAACAACUAAGAAAGGAGCUGUUGGGGGAACAGCGGUGCGAAAGACUACUGUGAAGAAGGUUGCUGUGAAGAACAAGAAUAUCCAACGUAUGAAUCAGAAGCGGUGGAGAGAACCACCAAGAGAUUGUUCAGAUGCUCCGAAACACUUGAAGCAGACUUGUUUGAUGAUCCGUCGAAUGGACCUUGCGACUCGUCGCAGGUUAGCGCGUCAGUCUGUUAGACAAACGCGUCCGAACCAAGUACCAAACUGGCUUCAGCCUAUUCCAGUUCCGGCGAAUGCUCGUGGGCAAGCAGCAUACCAUCCAUAUGACUGUAUGACACUUCUUUGCUUGUGCCCAUUUUUCAAUGGUCGAAACGUGAAUGGACAGUGUGUUUUGUCCAAUGGCGUUGUGUUGAACAUGUCGUGGAGAAAAGAGUAUCGCAUGAUGACCGAAGACGAGAGAAGAAGAUGGCAUAACGCCUUGAACACCCUUAAGCGUAACGGAGAAUACGAUCGUCUGUCCCGUCAGCACUUGGAAGUUGGAGUUGGCUCUGGAGCUCACUCCGGGCCCGGUUUCCUCCCAUGGCACAGAGAAUACCUGAAACGUGUCGAAAUCGCCCUCCGUAUGGUCGACCCUACAGUCUUCAUUCCUUAUUGGGAUUCUGUCAUGGACUCGUACCUUCCGGACCCAAGAGACUCGAUCAUGUUCUCCGACCUGUUUGUUGGUGGCACAGACUAUUAUGGUAACGUGGUGACAGGACCAUUUGCCUACUGGAGAACCAUCGAAGGAAGAUCUACUAUUUUGAGAAACCUCGGCGCUGAAGGACAGUUGUUCAAUGAGAAUCAAGUCAACACAAUUGUUGCUCAAAACACUAUUGAGAAUACUUUGGCCUAUACCGCUCCACAGCCAGGAUGUCCAUACCCGAACAACUACGGAGCAAUCGAGUAUUCACAUUCGAACAUUCAUCUCUGGAUCGGAGGAGACAUGAAACCACCGAGCACAUCUGCAAACGAGCCAAUCUUCUUCAUGCAUCACUCCUUUGUCGACUACCUCUGGGAACUCUGGCGCCAACUCCAGCAACCAAGAUGGCUCCGCGAGCAAGCCUACUCUGCUGAUCACCCAACAUGUGCCAACUGGCAACACUUCAGCUACGCGCCGAUGAGACCUUUCCCAUACUUGGUCAACAGAGACGGGCUCUCUAACUCUUACACCGAUCAGAUGUAUCGUUACGCGCCACGUGCCACAUGCUCUCAUCAGAGACCAAACUGCGGAUCCCCGUACUUGUUCUGCGAUACCCGUGGAUAUCCACAUUGUGUCUCGAAGAUCCGGUUGAAUGGAAAUUGCAGAGGAUUCGAACAGAACGACGCUUGCUACGCUUCAAGAUGCUGGUGGGGAAGAUGUGUAAAUGCUAAUUUCGCCGCUCGCAUGAAGGGAGCCCGUACACACGCUAACUCCACCUUAAUCGACUUGGAACUUGCCAAGGAAGUCUCCGUGAAUGGAACCAAAGUCGAGCGUGUCCCCCUAGUCAAAAGAAUCUCCAUCAAGAUGACUGCUCCAUUAUUUGUCGACUGCUACAACCGAAUGCCGUGCUGCGAUUCAUGGGCCAAGAAUGGCGGGUGUCAACGGGAACCAGAAUUCAUGAGUCAGUAUUGCCAGGCCUCGUGUAACACCUGCACACCAUCCUACAACACAACUGAUGCUUGUAUGGAUCGACAUGUGAACUGUGUCGCCUGGAAGGCGGACAAAAUGUGCAGCGGAAAGUCGGCAGACUUUAUGUCAGAGAAUUGUAGAAGCAGCUGCGGAAAGUGCUCUUUAACGAGAGAAUCGCAAUGCUUCAAUAAUGGAAAGAUCAUCGUAAUCCCAGUUUCCCAAAACCUUCGUGAAUCAAUCUCGGAUUCUUUAAUGUCAGAGGUCACAAAUCGCAUCAAGAAGGUGAAAAAGGUAGCGGCCAAGGAAGAAGUCGAAUCUACCAAAAAAGUUCGCCAUAAUUAGAGACUUAUAGCUAGAAGCGCACACACCUCCUCCAUAUUUGUACAGACCAUACUGCCACAAUCAGUUUUCCUCAUACUUGUAAAAAUGUCUCUCGGUACACCAUUUGCCCUAUUCCCCUGUCAACUUCAGUUAUGACGUCAGAUCUCGCAACGUGUAGUCGUAUUUUAUUUUUGUUUUUACUUUCUCGACAAUAAAUAUGUAUUAUAAAACUU